CAGAGACAGUGAGGUCACAUAAUCAUUCACACCAACACCCUCACGUCUCGCACGCACUAAGACAAUAAAUAUACUCGCACAACUCAACGUUGCAUCAGCAUCGAGAUCAAGUUCUCUCCUUCAGGGCGAAUCGCGAUGGGUACCGUGAAGAGUGUGGUGGCCUUGCAGGUGUUGUCAUUGCUCUUCGUUCCAGCAAUAUCUACCACUGACGUCACGCCCACAGAAGACAACAUAGAUCCAGGUGCAGGCACUUCCAUUGCAGACUUACUAGAGAAGGAACUGCAUAAUUAUCUCAGCCAAUAUGACGGCCUCAGCAUCCCCUCAUUACCGACAUUGGACAUAGGAAAUGAGGAUCUAUACAGCAUUGCCCUCAGCCUCAACAACCUCACACUGACUGGCGUGAGCAACGUGAAUGUCACCGAAUUCAAACAUCAGGGUAACCACAGACAUCCAGGCAACCAAACCCUGCGGAUUAUCUUGCCAAAGAUAAGCCUCACAGUUGGCAGCUAUAUAUCCGAGGGCCAUCUUCUCAACCUGCCUUUCAACGGAGAAGGACCUAUGAGCAUCACCAUCUACAACCUGCAGAUCUUAAUCACAUUUGACUGGGAUACUUUUAGUUUGCUUUCUUACUUAUUUAGUUGUGCUGCAGACAACUCCACCAACAUUGACCUUGCUAUUCGUCGUAUGGAGGUCCACUUUGAGAACUUGAACGAGGGCACUGACCAAGGACAGCUGGUUAAUAUAGUGUUAUCGUCCUUUGGCCCCGAUAUCAUGGACUACCUGGAUAUGUUAAUGGACACCUCUCUCUAUGACCCCUUGGACAAUGCCCUCAUUGGCCUCAUUAACUCCAAGUUGGUGUGCCCAAAGAAUGAAGAGAUCAUACCACUGGAGACUGUUGUCUCUAAUGUUGCUGAAGAUGUAAGAGAACUUUUCAGUGUGUUCCUUAAGCCUAAAGUGAAUGAGGUAUAAAUGGGUGGAUAAAGCGGGCAGUAGUGAAAUAAAAAAGAAUUAAAGAAGUUUACCGAGUACAGUAUUAAAAAUAAGUUACAGGUUUUUGUUUUUACUUUGUCUACAAACAUUCAAAAAUUGCAAUGUUUUCAACAGCAUUUUUCUUGAGAAACAUGACAUUUGGAACACAUGAUACAGUAUAUGAAUAUAACAAAAGAAAAAUAAGGUACCCAGCCUCAGAUUUUUUAAUAUUACCUAUCCUGAUCAGUGCAAAUGCAAAUUUACUGAUGAAAAAUAUUCACCAGCGUAUGGAAGUAAGAAAACGUUAUCCAAAAUGAUGAGGCAUACUGGUAGAUAUACAGUACCGUACUGUACAUCUUACCUUUAUGUAGAGAGGUAUUGUCCUUCUAUUAUCAGGUUUAUUACUAUGAUUGUACUAGAGUUACUUGAAAAUACAGUUGCUCUUAAUUUGAAUUAUAAUAAAAUCUUGAAUGAA